UCUCGCCUUGCUCACGGAACUCAGGAACAGAAACCGAUUCACGAAUCGAAAUCGCAAUCGGCCUUGACUCAAUCGGUUCUCACUCUCACUCUCACUCUCGCUCUCUGCCUCUCUCGAGUCUCGACUAUCGACCGCCGACGGCGGACCGGCUCUCGGCCUCUCGCUCUCGCAUCUUGACUCUUGUGAGUUGUGACUUGUGACUUGUGAGCAGACUACUAUAUGUUCACUAAUGGUCAAAGGCAAGAAGAGCGUACGGGAAAGUAUGGUACUCCUCGGGUACAGUACCUUCAGGAACUCGUAGCUCAGUUUCAGAAUGCGUCUAAUGAAGAGUUGAAGGAAAAGAUUGUUGCUAAUUUGGCGAACUUCGCAUAUGAUCCCUACAAUUAUACGUUUCUGCGCCAGCUUAAUGUUUUGGAACUUUUUCUCGACUGCAUAACAGAACCCAAUGAGAAGCUAAUAGAGUUUGGUGCCGGAGGGAUUUGCAAUUCGUGUGUUGAUCCUGCAAAUGCUGCGGUUAUAACCAAAUGUGAUGGGGUACCUCUUCUUAUACAAUGUUUGUCAAGUCCUGUAAAAAAUACGGUGAACUACGCUCUUGGGGCUUUGUAUUAUUUGUGUAACGUAUCCACGAAGGAAGCCAUCUUGAGACCAGAAGUAGUCAAUAUCAUCAGAAGGUACGCAGCUGCUGGUGGUGUCAGCAUUAGCUUUAGCAAUCUCGCUCGAUCUUUUUUAGAUAAGCAUGUCCCAGAAAACCGUUGAUACCCAAUGUUUUUUGAGAUCAUUUCUUGGUUAUUUUGGUCAAUUUAGCCUUGGUUCUUCCCAAUUUGCUCACAUUUUUCCAUAAGUUGGGUCUUUAUUGUAACCAUUUAUGCAU